AGGGGGUGGUGUUGCUGCUGCUGCUGUAGCAUAUAUCACAGCCUAAUGCAGACUGAAGCUCGUGCAGUGGCAGUACUGAAGACAUCUGUGAAUGUACAUCCAGGAGAUGCCUUGAAGAGACCUGCAAAACUAGCAUACCUAGAAAUGUGGCACAUCAGUAAUGGGACCGUCGCUAUGAACGCAGCGCAGUGGAGAUGAUGGAGAAUCUUCGACAGGAAGCCAGGGUUCGCCACCACAGAGCUACAAGCUGAUUGUUGUUCUGAACUACACAGUGAAGUGUAUUUUAACGAAAGGAUCUGUGAAGAAACUUGGUGGUUACGUUUUGUUAGUUUUUAUUGGGGGGGCGUGCUUUCAGAACAAACAAGUAUGGUUAAAAGAAAGAUAGGUAUAGUGUGUCUCCUGUUAUCUGUGACCAUCGUUAGCGGAGAAUCAUUUCCACCGCCUUGUAACAGUAAUAUCUACUGCUAUGGUGAUCUUCUUCAUACCGUUCAAAUGAAAAGAAUUUAUCAUGACUCAAAAACGUUCGUAGACAUGAAAAUGAAGCAGCCCUCGAAUGAAACAUUAGAAAGUUUUCGAGAACUGAUGAAUAGAACUGCAUCAGAUCCGACUUCUGAACAGCUUGAAGAAUUUCUUAAUGAGAAGUUUGAACCUGCUGGUAGUGAAUUUGAAAAUUGGGAUCCAUCUGACUGGAUUAAGCAUCCGAAGUUUUUGAAAAACAUUGUUGACUCUGAUUUUCGUGAAUGGGGUGAAAAGCUAAAUGACUUAUGGAAAGUUCUGGGCAGGAAAAUGAAAGCCAGUGUGAAAGAAAAUCCUGAACUCUAUUCCAUUAUUUAUGUACCACAUCCUGUAAUCGUUCCCGGUGGGCGAUUCCGGGAGUUUUAUUACUGGGAUUCAUAUUGGAUCGUACGUGGCCUCCUACUCUCAGAGAUGUACACAACAGUGAAGGGAAUGCUGGGAAAUUUCUUCUCUAUUGUUGAGAACUAUGGCUGUAUUCCAAAUGGAGGAAGGAUUUACUAUUCAAAGCGGUCACAACCACCAAUGCUUAUACCCAUGGUGAAGAGUUACAUAGAUGCAACACAUGACAUGACAUUUUUGAAAGAAAACAUUGAUAUCUUGGAGAAGGAAUUUGAAUACUGGAUGACAAACCACACAAUAUCAGUUGAGAAAGAUGGGAAACGGUAUACACUGGCAAGAUAUAAGGAUGCUUCAUCUGGACCAAGACCAGAAUCAUACUGGGAAGAUGUAUCGUCUGCUGCAGAAGCAUUUCAUACUGAUGAUGAGAAAGAGGCAUACUAUUCUGAGUUGAAAGCCGCAGCAGAAUCGGGUUGGGAUUUCUCAAGUCGUUGGUUCAUUCAAAAUGCCACAAACAAAGGAACUCUUAUUGAUCUUAAAACUCGUUAUAUUAUUCCGGUGGAUUUGAACUCUAUACUCUACUGGAAUGCAAAGCUUCUUGUAGAAUUUUAUAAAGACCUGGAUAUGCCACAAAAAUCUGAGAAAUACAGAGGCAUUGCAGAAGAGUGGUUAGAAGCUGUUACCGCAGUGUUAUGGCAUGAUGAAGUUGGUGCCUGGUUAGAUUAUGACACAAUGAAUGAGAUUAAACGUGAUUAUUUCUAUCCUACAAAUGUUGCACCAUUAUGGACUGGGUGCUACAAAGAAAAAGAAACUCAAAUUGGGAAGGUAAUGAAAUAUUUACAGAAGACACAGAUAAUGGGGAAUCUCGGUGGAAUUCCAACAACACUAGAGCAUUCUGGUGAGCAGUGGGAUUACCCAAAUGCAUGGCCCCCACUUCAGUAUAUCAUGAUUAUGGGUCUGGAUAACACAGACGAUGAGUGGGCAAAGCGAUUAGCAUUUGAGAUGUCAGAAAGAUGGGUACGAUCCAACUACAAAGCGUUCAACGAAUCUGGUGCUAUGUACGAAAAGUAUGAUGCAACAAUUCCUGGUGGCUAUGGAGGUGGUGGAGAAUAUGAAACCCAGGAAGGGUUUGGCUGGACAAAUGGUGUAAUAAUGGAACUGCUAGACAAGUAUGGAGACCGACUCACAGUUCGUGACAGAUUCUUUGAACCAGAAUAUAAACCAAACUACCAGUCAGAGUCCAGAAUUAACAUAGCAUCAUCAGCUCCUUUGUCGUCAGUAGGACAAGUUCUCACAGGAAUCCUGGCACUGGUUGCCACAUUUGCUGCAGGAUUUAUAGGGAUGAUUGUUUAUAAGAAGCGUACAUCACAUCACUCUGGGAGAAGAGAACUCUGCCCAAAGCUCUGUGGAGGCUACAUGGAGCUGAAAAACCUAACAUUUGAUUGAUAACAGUAGUGGUUAGGCUGGACAACAUGCUGUCCAGUAAUACUGAAUCUCUCUGGCUGAUAAUGGACAGAUGAAUGGUUUGAAGCCAGCAAUAAGGAAGGACAACCAUUAAGUACGAAGUGUGAGCAGAAAUCAAGGAGGGAACUGCUCUGUCAGGCUGGAGGUGUUGUAUUCUUCCUGAUUGCAUGGCCUCACAUUUAUCACAGAAAUCCUGAUUGGUAAAACAGCUGCCAUGAUUUAUAUAAUUGGAAAUAUGCUAGUAAAGAGAGAGUCACCAAUGAAUGGUUGCCUGAUGUAAGAUAUUUGUAACAUAUUUUAGCAGUAUGAUUUUUUUUAGGAAGGAAUAAAAAAGGAAUCGAACCUUACACUGCAAUAGGGGACAUUUUAUAAAUGUUGCUUUAAUAUACAGGUUAUGUCAUGUAGCGAAGAAAAUAAGCAAAAUAAUUUAAUCAUACUCUGGGUUAUAUAUCUCUUAAGGGUAGGAUAGCUUUACAACAAAUUAACUGAUGAGAUGUUUUACUGAUUUAUACAAAACAAUUUUAAAAAAUUUUAUGACACAAGGAUGACCAUGCUUGAAGGUUCCUGACUUAUUCUCUGUGGAAUAAUUAAGAUUUUCGUUUUCAAAUUAUCAAAAAUGCCCUUUGUGAUAAGUAAAAUAUACAGUUUUACAUUUAUUUAAAUUGUAGCACCAUAUUUCUCUUCAUUGAAAUUACUAAUAUAUCUUCAGGGGCAUUUGAUACCCUCAGUCUUAACAUUUUCCUAUAUAACGUUUUGUGAGCAUUGUGUGUUAUUCUUAUAUUAAAGGCUGAGUACAUUGAAAAAAAAAAAGUAUUUGUGAUAUCACUCUUUGUUAUUAUACGUCCCACCCUUUCAGCUUGUACAUUCCUCAUUUUCUUCAAGUAUACAACCAUGCUACUCUUCUCAGAAAGAAAAAGUGCACUUCAUUGUAAGGCAGCUUGUCAGCCUAAGGUACAGCAUUUACGACUGUUUUCUCUUAAAUGCUUGCAUCUGUGUAUAGAGAUAGCAGAUAUUAGAAUACAUGUAUAAUUAUACAAAUCAGUGGUCUAAUUGCGUGCAUAAUUUUCGGUGGUACAGAUGUGCAUCAUCUUAUAGAUGUCACACAUAAUCUCACAGUUUUGCAGCAUCACCAUCUUUAUAACUUUUAAAAUACAAAGAGGUCUUUCUUGCAUCUACAUGUUUGUGAUCUCUCUUCAUACCAAAUUUCACCUGUGUGACCUCAGUGCAUCAUUAAUUAUUGUUAUUAAAUGAAAGCUAAAAUACAGAUUUAACAUGGCUGUCUGUAAUUAAUAUUUAUUUAUUGUUUAUUUGUUGUUGCUCACCUAUAUAACACUGAUUCACGCUUUCAUUUUAUAUUGUAUAAAAAAGAAAUCUUUGCAGCAGUUGUGUAUUAUUUGAGGGCCUACAAGCACACAACUUUCAGAGCCCUACAGAAGUUCAUAGGCAUCAGAUAUUAUUGAUAGUAAGUAAUUAAAUGGUAUGAAGAUGGAAUGAAUGGCUUCUGAUGGCAUUCUGUUUUUGUUUUUUUUCUUUGGCCAAGUUUUUAUAAAAUCUCUCCACUGGUUGAAAAGAUAUUAGUCAGGGUAAAACACAUGGAUCUUUAACCAUGAAGAUGGAGGUAGCAGGUUCCUCUGACAUGUUGAUUUUUUAUCGGACUACAUGUGUAAUAUCUCAGAAGACCACGAUCAUGGCUGUGAGUCUCAUAGUUAACUGAGUGUUUGAAAAGCUGAGCUUGUAAGUUCUCAAGUUCUUUUAUAACUGUAUAGUUUGGUCUGUAGAGAGUUAUGGAUGAUGUAUCUGCUAUCUAAAAUUAUGAAAAGAAAACUCAUAGAACAAGCUACAUUGGCAUACUUGGUAACAUGUAUUAAUGGUAGCCUAUAAUGUUUGAACAGAGGUAUAUUACCCAGAACUGAUGAGAUUAUUUUAAAUAUACAUGUACAUCUCAAAGCAUUUGAGCUAAAGGAUUUUAUCUAAAUAAAAUGUCCCCAAGAAUAUAUUCAAAUACCAUUUAUUCAAGCAUAGGAGAGACGCUUACCUUGUCCUCCAUUAUGAAGGUUAAGUGAGAAGAUGAACAAACUGUUAGUGUAAACAGAUGAGUAAUGCACUGUUGUGAUGUUUACAUUAGUAUUUACCAUUGUUAUUAUUUGGCUCUCUUAAUGUGUUAUGUACAGGGUCAUUCUAGAUGAUGCAACUUUCUUUGGAAUAUGAAAUCAGAGAACUGUGCCAAAUUAAGAAGGUCCACACAGUAUAGGAUGGGAAAUAUUUCUAAAUUAUUUUAUUACUGGACAGAACAGGAAAUUUUGGUUUCCUUUUCAUUUGUAUGUCUAAAUGUCUGCUGUUCCCUCUAAUAUUAGCAUCUUUUGGAAUAUGAUGCUGUAUAGUCUAGUAGAUGGAUACCAACAUCUCAGAAGAAACUGCUGUCUCCAUCCUUAGCCCUUUCUGGUCAAAUUAAAUACCUCUACAGCUCUCUGCUGGUCCAUUUAAAUACCACUGCGCUACAUAAUUUCAGCUACUACUAUGAAGUGGUUUGUUUUCUUUAUAACUUUCAAUAAACAGAAGAAACUAUAACCUUAAAAGAACUGCAGAACAUCAAGCAUGCCAGAGAACCAGAAUAGGCAAAGAUUUUAAUGUUGCUCCCAGUGCCCCAGUGAGGAGAAGGGGUUGGGGUAGAGCCUGGGGAUUGAGAUAGCAGGAUCUUCCAAAUUACAUAUAUGAUAUUCCAGAGGACAAUAAUCUUUAUAUUUAUUGUUCUGAGGACACCAGAAGUUGUACGCCCUUCCUUGAUUAUGGAGCAGUGACUGAGAGCUGAGAAAUGCUGCAUUGUUGUUAUGUUACACGUAAGCUUUACUUGAAUGAAUGUAUGAGGGGUAGGCCUCUUCGGCCCUUCGACCGCGACCUACAGUGGUCUGUUGUGCUUCAUAAGGCAUUACUUAGUAUAAUUUUGAAUCCUAGUUUUAAAACGUUUAUAGUCGCUGUUUUGCGCAUGUGAGUCAACAGUCACUUACGCCAAACACACCACUACUGUGUCAUUCAGUUAAGACAUUCUUGUCUGUUCUGUGACCCAACUCAAAUGGCUACCAUUCCUCUGAGUACUUUUCUUCUGCAAAAAACACACUACCUUUUUGACCAAGUCUCAUCUCCUGUCUUUCUCUGAAGAACUGCACAUCAUUAGGAAAUGUUCAAUAUAUACAGAAGUGUGAUACUUGUAGUAUCGCUUAAAGAGGUUUGCUGAAAGGUGUUCAUCAUCCUUGGUACAAUCCAGGCACAGUCUUCUCUUUACAGCUAAAUUACUUGUCAUGACUUAUAUAGGAUUGUUUUAAUAUUUUCAUUACUUAUAAACGAGGCAUGUAUUAUAUAUGUAAUACUCAGCAGACAUAUUUUUAAUUGCUUUUUCCCCUAAGUUUUUAAAUUAGUAUGAAGUAUGUGUAAUGUAUGAUAAGUUUCAGAACAUGAAUUGAUGUUCAUCCUUCAUGUAUGUAUUUAUUUUAUCUGAUGGAUGUGGUCAAAGAUACUGCGUGUUAUUUAAUGUGUCUUUUUUAACUUCUUACGUGCCAAAAUUAUGUGUCACAAGUGUAACUUUGAUAUUAUAGCAACAGUCUGUUAAGGUUCAUAUAUUUAUAUUCCACAAUAUUUACUUGUAAAUUCAAAUAGUCAUUUCUGUUUAUAGCAAGUUACAUGACAGUAUGUAUGUUUUGUUGUUUUUUCAUGACAAACUUCAUUUCUAUGCUACAUAUUCAAUAUGCCAAGUCAUGUUCUUAGACCUAAGAUGUGCAAGCCUGAAACAUAAAUGCAGAACUAUGUUUUGUGUUUUUAGGUGUGACUGUUUUAUCAUAUUCUUCUCCCUAUCUUUUUGUAGCGGAUGUCUAAUAUAUCAGAUCACUUUCUGGGUUUGAGUUGCCUGUUUGCUGAAAUAUUUCCCUUGUUUUGGCAAGUGUUUGAGUUGCCAUCUCCAAGGUGAAAGGUGUAAAUUUGACAAUGGUUUCUUAUUACAUUGGAGACACCAGAAUAAGGCAUCAGCAAGUGGCAGUAGUCAAGACACUGGACAAGAUAGAAGCCAUAGGGUGGCCACACACCAACUGCAUCAAGACAUGAGACAGUAGAUGCAGUCUUGCUUUAUUCGUGAUUCGUCAGCAUCAUGACUCAGACUGGCGUGCGGCGGUUUUAAUAAUCUCAUUCGUUUAAACUGUGCUCCUAUCUUUGUUUCAAUUUGCAGACAUCGUGUCUUGACUGUUACAUGUCUUGAUGCAUGUGGGUGUGCAUCCACAAAUGCCAUCCCUGUAUCAUCUGAGAAGCCACUGAAAUAAUCAGAAUACCUAAAUUUGAAAGUGACAUUGGGAUUAAGAUAAAUAUCUGCGGACAUGUCUCAUCUCUUCAGUCUAGAUAAUAUACAAGCCGCCCCUAUCAGUUAGUUAAUACCCAUCCUCUUCUCCCACAAACUCUAGAUGCAGUGUGUGGUUAAUAAUUAGAACAGCACAUUAACCAGCCACUUGCUUCUUCCUUCUCCUGCUCCCCUAGCCCCGGUGCUAUUCACUGUCCACAACAUUCACCAGGAUGAUGCCAACUGCAUUGUUGUCAAAACAUUGGAAGAACCUCAGUAAAAGUCUGAUGUGCUAAUAUAUAUUUCAGCAGAUGUUAAUUUUACAGAACUGAAUCUUAUAUACUGCCAUAAUGCCAUAUUUUGUUGAUGAAAAGUAAUUGUUCUACAGUUUAUUUGUUCUGUUGCAGCUAUGCCUCAUGUAACAGAAUGAUGAUGAUAGGUCGCUUCUGAAGGGUUCUGAUAACAAUAGUGCAUUGGUAUUACCGGAUUUCUGGACUUUGUUCAUCAUCGGCUGUUUCAAACAGAACCCAUUAUUUCAAAAACUGGAUUCCUUUCCAUGCUCAGAUGACAAGAUUUGGUGUCACCUCAUUUGGGUGGCUAUUAGAAAGAGUUAACCUCAGUCAUUGGAUAGAGAUUAAGUCUUCCUGAUGGGGCUAACUGAGUAGGUAUUACCUGCUUUACCAGCUGAGAAUGGAGACAUAUUCAGUUUCCAAAACAUUUUGUUCUGUUUAGAAUACAGUUGACAAAAGUCUGGGAACUCAGUAAUCCUGACAUAUUAUUGUCUCAAAAUCUCUUCACCCUCUACUAUGGCUACAAAAACGCAAUUGAAGAGCAGAGUCUUCUGCGGUGUCAUGUAAUGUGGCCAGAUAGAGGUUUACAUGUGUUUUCAUGGAAUGUACUGCCUUCAUCUUAUUCUUUGACCCUGAAGAUGGAGGCUGUACAUUCCUCUGAAAUGUCAAAAUAUUUCUACCAGGCUACACAGCAUAUUUUCCAGAAGAUAGUACACUUCACAGUCACUGCACCAGGAUCUUAGUUCCUGAAAAACUGGCCAGGUUGUCUUUCAGACAGAAGUUCAUAUAGGACGUAGAGCUUGUCAGGUUUGCACAUCUUGUUAUCAGCAUCCAUGACGGAAGUGUUCAUAUUUUAUGUUUCUUUUUGAUAUUUUAUAUUGCUAUCACUGCGUAUGGUAAGUCUGUACGUUAAAGAAAGAAUAGAUGACCCACAUUAAAGUGGAAAUGCCUGAGGAAGAUGAAUAAAGAUUGCUGUCUUUUAAUCUUCUCCUCCUUCUCCUAGCAUUGUUUUCACUUUAUAUAUAUAUCAAGAUGAAUAUCCAGUCUCUUCUUUCCUUCAACAAUCUUUCAAUUUUAAUUUCUUGCCACAACUUUUCUCUCAGCUGUCUCUUUGUAUUGUUGGUAAUUAUCCUAUGUCAAGAGUAAUUUCAAUUUGUAUUAUUACUUGUAAUUUAUGCUUAAAGUCAUUUUUUUUCUGGGGAUAAAAAUGCUGAAGUUAUGUAUGGUAAUAACAUUCAGCUGCCCACAUGACUUUUUUCUCCUUGUGGUUUUGAAGCUUUUUUUUUUAUGCGUACAUCUUUCUCAUUUCACAAAUAUUGCCAUGUGGAGUCUUGAGAUAUCUUUUCAUGUGGGCUUGAAUAAUUAUUCAUUAUCAGAAAUUGUGGGAUUUGUGAUGUAUAAAGUUACCUGAAGAUGAAUCUCAUUUCUCUUGCCAUUUUUCAGCUGUCUUUUACAUAAUUCAUUGCUUUCUGUGUAACUGAUUUCAUGAUAUACUGCUCCAGUUAGAUGCAUGAAAUAAGGAAGGGUUCAUCAAAGCAGCCUUUCACAGAUUAAUACAGUUUUAUGAAUUAUUAGAUGAUGCACACACCAUCUGGUAGGAGAGAUUGGGUUAAGAAGGUUUGAUAGAGUCAGACUAUUUGUAAGGAUGCCCUUGUCUUUAAAUUAGGCUAGCUCACAACUGAAAAGUUAGCAUCACAGAUAAGUUUGUUUCAUACGAGCACUCUUUAGAAAACAAAGUGCCCAUAAUUUUUAGCAUUAUUUCAUUUUGUCCCCCUUGGUUUAUUAGUUAAAUCAGCCAGACAAAAUGAUGUCUUAGUGACAGGAGAUCAUGGAACUCAAAUUCCCUUUCCUUUUACAUGUAAAUAUGAACGCAUCACUCUUAUGCAUAAUACCACUUUUCUCUUCCAUGCUGAUAAAAAGGAAAUAAUACUAAUAAUAAUACCAUAAUGCCAUUACAUCAGUAUUAGUCUAUAUGUUAUGACAAGUGUUUGAUGCAUUGUUUGAAGUUCAUACAUAGACACCUCAUUAUAUACUUCAGUAGAGCUCUUUCUGACAUUGCUUACAUUGCUACCAUAGCAUUUAUUGUACUUCAGCUGUGUCUGUAUUAACUCCUAAGUUUAUUUAACUGCACACUUGUACAUACUGAUGUAUAAAUAUAAUAUUAUGUUCA